UCCUUUAACAAGGUAGCUUUUGAAUUCAGUGUCUGGGGCUUGUUCUGACUCCAACCAGGCUCUUGUUAGCUCUCUCCUUCCCCCGUUCUCUGCAGUAAACUAGCUGGCCCGAGGGGUACUUUGUUGCACUAACGGAGGCACCAGCUUCCUCCUAGUUGCUUACCACCAAAGCCUCCACUGACUUUGAGAGCGCCUUUGAGCUUGAACUUCCCACACAUUGUUUCAAAUAAAGUCACUAUUUUUUUGCAGUGAGAGCUUCAGAACUUUCUGUUUCAUUGCCUGCUUCUCGGUAGGCAGAAUCCCUGGGCCGCAGCUCUGGAGCUGAGGGCAGGGACAGUGGUGCCCGUCUCACUGGGUGACAGUGCCUCCUUAGGGUGGGGAUGGUAGCCUCUGGCCUUCUCGGCUCGCCUUUCCCACGGGGGAGCCUCUUUCCUGCAAAGGAGCUUGGGCUAGAGCUACCAGGGCUCCGUGUUGCCAGCCCUCCGGACUCUGAGGUCAAGCUUUUGCUCCUCGAGCAGAGGCUGAUAGAAGAGGGAGCCCCUGGCUUCUCUGCUGCGCCUGCCUGGAACUUGGUCUCUGCAACAUGGAGCUAGAAGUGCAGUCCCACGAAAUGAGUUUCAGCCUGGUGGCUAGGAGAAAGAAGUCAGGAAAGAAACUUGGCUUCAGACCUUUGUUUUUACUUUUGGAGAUAAGAGAUGGUAGGCCUGUGUUAAUAUUUCCACCUUACAUUUUUGGAAGAAGGUGUAUAUUUUAAGGCCAAACAGCUGGUUGUGAUGUGCCAGGGAUAUACAUGCAGGCGGUCCGGCUCCAGAACCCGCCUCAGCUUAACCUCUGCUGGACUGUGGGAGUCUGGAGGACAUGGCCUUGGGGUUUUCACUUUAUGCUUCUAACCUCCAAGGUACAGAUGACUGUGUGCAGGCAUAUAUGUAUUUGUCCUCUGCCUUCUCCCAGCAGGUGCUCGGCGUCCCUGUGGCCUCCAUGUUUAAAGCAGAACGUGUGUGCGGAGUGGACGUGGUUCUCUUCCGAAGCCUCUUUAGGGCCACAGGACCAGGCACUGUUUGAGUGGACAUACUGCUCCGUACUGUGCACCCCAGGGUCUCCUGUGCUGGCCAUGCCCGUGCCCACGGAGGGCACCCCUCCACCCCUCAGUGGUACCCCUGUCCCAGUCCCAGCCUACUUCCGCCAUGCAGAACCUGGCUUCUCCCUCAAGAGACCUGGGGGGCUCAGUCGCAGCCUCCCACCCCGGCCCCCUGCCAAGGGCAGCAUCCCUAUCAGCCGCCUCUUCCCUCCUCGGACCCCAGGCUGGCACCAGCCCCAGCCCCGGAGGGUGUCAUUCCGAGGCAGAGCCUCUGAGACCCUGCAGAGCCCCUCAUAUGACCCCAGCCGGCCAGAGUCCUUUUUCCAACAGAGUUUCCAGAGGCUUGGCCGCCUGGGCCACGGCUCUUAUGGAGAGGUCUUCAAGGUACGCUCUAAGGAAGAUGGCCGGCUCUAUGCCAUAAAGCGUUCUAUGUCACCGUUCCGGGGCCCCAAGGACCGGGCCCACAAGCUGGCCGAGGUGGGCGGCCACGAGAAGGUGGGGCAGCACCCACGCUGCGUGCGGCUGGAGCAAGCCUGGGAGGAGGGCGGCAUCCUGUACCUGCAGACGGAGCUGUGUGGGCCCAGCCUGCAGCAGCACUGUGAGGCCUGGGGCGCCGGCCUGCCCGAGGCCCAGGUCUGGGGCUACCUGCGGGAUACCCUGCUUGCCCUGGCUCACCUCCACGGCCAAGGCCUGGUCCAUCUUGACGUCAAGCCUGCCAACAUCUUCCUGGGGCCCCGGGGCCGGUGCAAGCUGGGUGACUUUGGGCUGCUGGUGGAGCUGGGUACGUCUGGAGCUGGUGAGGCCCAGGAGGGAGACCCCCGGUACAUGGCUCCUGAGCUGUUGCAGGGCUCCUAUGGGACAGCAGCGGAUGUGUUCAGUCUGGGUCUCACUAUCCUGGAAGUGGCGUGCAACAUGGAGCUACCCCAUGGUGGGGAGGGCUGGCAGCAGCUUCGCCAGGGCUAUCUGCCCCCUGAAUUCACGGCUGGCCUGUCUUCCGAGCUGCGUUCUGUCCUCACCAUGAUGCUAGAACCUGACCCCAAGCUGCGGGCCACAGCCUCGGCCCUGCUGGCCCUGCCCAUGCUCAGGCAGCCUCGGCCCUGGAGCGUUCUGUGGUAUAUGGCUGCUGACGCCUUCAGUCGAGGGUGGGCCCUGUGGCAGGCCCUGCUUUCCUUGCUGUGCUGGCUCUGGCAUGGGCUGGCUCACCCUGCCAGCUGGCUGCAGCCCCCAAGCCCACCAGCCACCCCACCUGGCUCCCCGCCCUGCAGCCUCCUCCUGGACAGCAGCCUCUCCAGCAGCUGGGAUGACGACAGCAUAGGGCUCUCACUCUCUCCAGAGGCCGUCCUGGCCAGGGCUGUCGGGAAUACCUCCACCCCCCGUCAUGGCUCCCCCGCCCCCCGGAACAGGUACUCACUGAGGGAUGCCCUGGACCUAAGUGACAUUGACUCUGAGCCCCCUCGGGGUUCCUUCCCCUCCUUUGAACCUCGGAACCUCCUCAGCCUGUUUGAGGACUCACUGGGCCCAACCUGAAUCUACAGGCCAGCCUUGGUGCUUUUAACCUUUUAGCCACCCCCCAAUCCUCCUGGAGGCUGGGUCCCUCUGGGAACUCCAGAGGUGCCUCCUGCCUACCCAUGUCUAAUAAAAGGUAUUUGAAUCUUGGGAGCACCCAAGCUUGCUUGUGUGGCAACACAGCGCUUCCUGCCCCUUUUAUUGAU